ACACCAAAGAUGCCAGCAUACUUUGAAGGAGCAGAAGAAGAGGUUAAAAAUAAAACCUCCGUGUUUAGAACUGUUGAUGAUUUUUUCCGUCUAGACCAUAUUUCAAGGACAGCAAAAUCAGUUGCAGUAAUAGGCGGUGGCUUUCUGGGAACUGAAUUAGCUUGUGGCCUUGGGAAUAGGGGGAAAAGUAGUGGCUGCAAGGUGGUGCAAUUGCUGAUGGAAGAAGGUCACUUUGGAGGACUCCUUCCUGAAGAAAUGAGUAAACACUGUAUUGACCUUGUGACCAGUGAGGGUGUUGAAGUGCGGCCAUCUUGCACUGUUACUGGUGUACAGUACGACAAGAAAGAGAACAAGGUUGUGCUACAACUGGGCAAUGACGAAAAGGUGUUAGUGGAUCACGUGGUGGUAGCAGUAGGUAUCCAGCCUAACGUGGAGCUGGCGGAGAGUGCAGAACUAGAAGUGGACCCCAUACGAGGAGGCUUCAUGGUCAACACAGAGAUGGAAGCAAGGUCAAACUUGUAUGUGGCAGGAGAUGCUGCAUGUUACUAUGAUCCCAAGCUGGGACGUAGGAGAGUGGAACACGUGGUGCAGGCUGUUAUCUCAGGGAACAUAGCAGGAAACAACAUGACAGGGAAGAAAGAUUCUUACAAAAAACAGGCAUAUUGGUGGACUGAUCUUGGUCCAAAGUUUGGUUGUCAGGGUAUAGGAUUGGUCAGCUCAAAGUUGAAUACUUUUACGUUUCCAUUUCCAAAUGAUGAUCAGAGUGAGCCACCUGCAGGGAAUUACUUGAAUGGUGGAAAAGGAGUGGUGCUUUACAUGAAAGGCAAGAGAAUCGUCGGGGUUUUAUCAUGGAACAUGUCAUCUGAAAGUCAUAUGGCUGAAGCAGAGAAAGUGAUCAGGGAGCGCAAAGAGUACGAUGAGACAAGUUUGGCAGAAGUAGCUGUCAGGUUCAGAACUCUAGAGGACACUUGGAAUUUAAAAGCAAAGAACUCAGAGGAAACCACAAAAGAUACAAAGAAUGAACAGAAAUCUCAAGAAAAGAAAUAGAAUAGAUCUCGUCCAGUCUUUUUUCAAGAUUCAAAUUCGACCUUCAUUAAGGUUCACUAACUUUUAAGAUCCUAUUGGAAUUGGAAGAUUUAUCAUUCAGAUCUCUUGAAUUAUUGGGUUUUUUUUUACUAAUGGCGUGUACUAUCACCAGAGGAAUACUUUUACAUAUUACAUUUUCAGUCGAAUUAUUUUUUCACAUUGUUAAACAUUUGUUGAAUUGUUUACUUCAUGGAGCACAGAUCAUGCCAAGUUGAAAUAGCAUUUUUAAAGAUUUUUAUUUGUAACUUCAGAGUAAAUGAAAAGGAUUGAAAAAAGGUAGAAAGAAAGGUUUAUUUACAUCUUAUCUAAAUCAUAUCAGAGCAGAAUAUAACUUGCUGCUUUAAGUUUAGCAAGGGGUCAAAGUGUACUAGUAGGCUUGGUAAUGGCUUUAGAGAAUUAUACCGUUUUCAAAAGUGUUGCAAAUACAGCAUAAAGCAUGCUAAUCUGUAGAUUGAAUUAUAACUCGUCGCGAAGUUAAGAACAUUACCUAUGAAGUGUAUCAAUUUAUUUUCUCA